AUGGGGAAAACUUGCUCCUUUGUGCUGCUUGGCGCACUGGUGGUGCUCUCACAAGUUGUGAGCCCCAUUGCUUGCUCCGGCAAGCUCGCCAAGGCGGCCGGGCACCACAAGCCUGCUGCAGUCAAGGGCCACAAAGACCAGACCACCACUAACCCCUCUUCGUCCGCCGCAUACGGCGGCGGCUGGUUGCCCGCCGGCGCCACGUAUUACGGUAACCCCAACGGCGCCGGAAGCGACGGUGGCGCGUGUGGCUACCAGACCGCUGUUGGGUACCGGCCGUUCUCGUCGAUGAUCGCCGCAGGGAGCUCGCCUCUAUUCAUGGCGGGCAUGGGCUGCGGCGCGUGCUAUGAUGUUAAAUGCACGAGCAACUCAGCCUGCUCCGGGAAGCCUGUGACCGUCGUCAUCACCGACCUGAGCCCCGGCAACCUCUACCCCGGCGAGCCGUGCCAUUUCGACAUGAGCGGCACCGCCCUGGGCGCCAUGGCGAAGCCUGGCAUGGCCGACAAGCUCCGCGCCGGCGGUGUCAUCAGGAUGCAGUACAAGAGGGUGCCAUGCAAGUACCCUGGCGUCAACAUUGCAUUCAGGGUGGACCAGGGCUCCAACCCCUUCUACUUCAAGACCUUGAUCGAGUUCGUGGGCGACGACGGUGACCUCAAGGCCGUGGCCCUCAAGGAGGCUGGCAGCGGCGCCUGGACGCCAAUGGCGCAGGACUGGGGCGCACUGUGGCGCCUCAACAACGGCAGGCGGCUGCGCGCCCCAUUCUGCCUCAAGCUCACAUCCGACUCCGGCAGGGUCCUCGUCGUCAACAACGUCAUUCCCGCCAACUGGAAGGCCGGGGCCACGUAUCGCUCCCUGGUGAACUACCGCUAA